AUGACGUUUCCAUACCGAAUUCUAUAUACAGUAUUUAUCAUCAAUUUAUUUGUGUCCUAUAACCCAACGUUAUGUAAGACGUACAAAUAUACGAGAGAAUAUCUUCUCAACAACCAUCUUUUUUACCUCGAACCUCCGCAAACCGCCUUUGCUCAAGAUAUUAAACCGAUUAGUUAUCCUGAUAAAUGUGACUUAAAACAGUUACACUUGGUUACUAGACACGGAUCAAGAUAUCCAGAUGCAAAUAGUAUAUUAUUUUUUGACGAAUUGGAAAAAAUAUUUGCUAAUGUUUCUGUUGCAAAAAAUUGGUAUAAAAAUCCUUUCCUCAUGAGGCAAAAUUUUCAAUUGAUCAAACGAGGGGAACUCGAGCCUUAUUUUGAUGGUUUACAAUCUCGUAAAAGAUAUGCAAAAUUUUGGGAUGGAGUCAAAUAUGAUCCAGAAGUUGUAAAGUUUCAAAGUACUCAAACUUCAAGAACUGGUGCGUCGAUUAUGGCCUUUUCUGAAGGAUUGUUUAAUGGCAAGGGUUCUUUAGACAAUUGUAAAAGUCAACCUAUAUACUAUACGACUACACCAAACCAAGAUGAUACAUUAUUUAUGUUCCAUGCUUGUCGACGUUGGAACGAGACCGUUUUUUCCAAUAAUAAAGUACUUGAUGAACAAUUCUAUAUCUAUGGUAACAAGACACUAGCACCAAUUGCCAAGAGAAUUUCCGAAGAAUACAAUAUUAGCCCACCUCUUGAUCCGAUUUUCGUGCCACAUAUAUUUAAUAAUUGCCAAUUUUGGUUGACGGUUUAUAAUCGAACUGACGCAUGGUGUCCACUCUUAAGCCCUAAAGAGCUUUUAUUGUCACGACAUUAUUGGGAUUUAUUUUAUUAUCAGAUAGUUUCUUACGGUAAUCCUCUUAAUGAACGAUUGGGUUGUAGAUAUUUAACUCAGCUUGUGAAUGGAGUUGAAGAUCAUUUAAAUGGUAAUUCUAGUAUGAUUGCCGAUUUAAGAAAUGCUCAUAGCUUUACUAUAUAUAUGAUACUUACUACAAUGUACCCAGUCUCGGCAGAUCUAACUUACGAGCAAAUUAAAGAACUCGAGUAUACAGAAUAUAGGCUCAUACGCUGGUCUUCUACGCUUUAUUUCGAAAUUUAUAAAUGUUCCGGUGAUACCGUGUUGAUACGAGUGUUACUCGAUUUUAAACCGUUUUUGAUUCCGGGUUGUGAUAGUGAAUAUUGCGAGUGGAACAAAUUUAAAGAAAUUCUUGGUGAUAAAAUUGGUUGCGAUUUUGAAAAGAUGUGUGCCUAUCCUUGA